UUCAGAUUUCUUUCUGUGCUGUCUUUCGUUUCAGUGUAACCGUAUCGUGUUUUGGGGUAAAUUGUUAAUUUAUUUCCUUUUUAAAUUAUAUUGGAGCAACAUGUCUGAGCGUAAAGUUUUGAAUAAAUACUAUCCGCCGGAUUUCGAUCCAUCGAAAAUUCCGCGCAUGAAAUUGUCGAAAAAUCGGCAAUACACUGUACGUUUGAUGGCUCCGUUUAAUAUGCGUUGCAAGACAUGCGGCGAAUACAUUUACAAGGGAAAGAAAUUCAAUGCCCGCAAGGAAGACGUAGAACACGAAACAUAUGUGGGGAUACGAAUCUAUCGUUUCUAUAUCAAAUGUACUCGAUGUCUUCAGGAAAUUUCCUUCAAAACAGACCCCAAAAAUACUGACUAUGAAAUCGAAGCUGGAGCUACAAGAAACUUUAUGGCAUUGAAAAUGGCUGAGGAGCAAGCUCGUCGUGAGGAAGAGGAACUACGAGAAGAAGAAGCUAACAAUCCGAUGAAAUUAUUGGAGAAUCGUACACAGCAGUCUAGAAAUGAAAUUGAGAUGUUGGAAUCUUUGGAAGAGUUACGGGAUUUGAAUCGCAGACAGGAAACGGUGGACUACGAGACAAUGCUGCAACAGUACAACACAAAGGAAACCGAAAGAGAACGGCUAGAAAGGCAGGAAAGAGAGGAUGAGGAAUAUAUAAAGUCUAUUAACUUCAAAAAUAAGAACACAGAUUGCUCAAAAAAGAUUGUAGCUGAAGAAAUCAUCGAGGAAAUUAAAGAUGAUGAACCGACGCCCUCCAAAGUUCAAAAAACGAGUGAAUUAUGUAUCACAUUCAAAAAACCUGCGGGGAGCAAUAAUGCAAAUCCGAGUGGAAAACUCGGUCUCAAUAAUAUUGUAAAACGUAAACAACCGUUAGUUGUGGUGAGGCCUAAACCAUCAAACGCUUCUGAUAACCAAACCCAAAUAGAAAAUUCUACACCACUGCAAAACAGUAGUUCGUCGACUGGCUCAAAAGAGGAAAGCAGUACUACAAAAUCCUCCACAACAGGUGGUAGCGGUUUGUCGCUUUUAUCGGCCUAUUCAGACAGUUCAGAAGAUUCAAAUUGAUCAUUUAUAGGGAAAAGUUUAUUUUUUUAACGUCCACAAUAAAAUGUGCAAGUGUUUUUAUACGAAAUUCAUUUUUUA